GGGGCGAGGCGGAAGUGCGGGCUGCGGGCGCUCCCGCCCUCCCCGGCUCUCGCUGCGGUACAAAAGAUGGCGGCGAAAACACAGGGAGGCAUCCGCCUCAGCGCGCUUUGUCCAAAGUUCUUGCAUACGAACUCUACCAGUCACACCUGGCCUUUCAGUGCAAUUGCAGAACUUAUAGAUAAUGCUUAUGAUCCAGAUGUGAGCGCUAAACAGAUAUGGAUAGACAAAACGGUGAUAAACGACACUAUAUGCUUGACAUUCACUGAUAAUGGAAAUGGUAUGAACUCAGAGAAGCUGCACAAAAUGCUAAGCUUUGGCUUCAGUGAGAAGUGUGUGGUGAAUGGCCGUGUUCCAGUAGGACUGUACGGAAAUGGGUUUAAAUCAGGGUCUAUGCGCCUGGGAAAAGAUGCAAUAGUCUUCACCAAGAAUGGAGAAUCCAUGAGUGUGGGCCUGUUAUCUCAGACUUUCCUUGAAGUCACAAAAGCAGAACAUGUCAUAGUUCCUAUAGUGACAUUUAACAACCAACGACAGAUAAGUGAUCCAGCAGAAUCCAAAAACAGCCUGAAAGCCAUCUUAACACAUUCUUUAUUUUCUACUGAGGAGAAAUUGCUGGCAGAGCUAGAUGCUAUAAUAGGGAAAAAAGGAACAAGAAUUAUCAUUUGGAAUCUUAGAAGAGAUAAAAAUGAAAAAACGGAGUUUGACUUUGACAAGGAUAAAUAUGACAUCAGAAUUCCAGAAGACUUAGAUGAAACAGGCAAAAGAGGAUAUAAAAAACAAGAGAGACUGGACCAGAUUGUUCCAGAAAGUGACUAUUCACUGAGAGCUUAUUGCAGUAUUUUGUAUCUGAAGCCAACAAUGCAGAUCAUUCUGCGAGGACAAAAAGUGAAAACGCAGCUGGUGUCCAAAAGCCUUGCCUUCAUUGAACGUGAUAUAUAUAGGCCAAAAUUUCUGAACGCUAAAACAGUAAGAAUUACCUUUGGAUUUAACUGCAGAAACAAAGAUCAUUAUGGAAUAAUGAUGUACCAUAAAAACAGACUUAUCAAAGCUUAUGAAAGAGUUGGCUGUCAGUUAAAGGCAAACAACAUGGGUGUUGGCGUAGUUGGGAUCAUUGAAUGUAACUUUCUAAAACCAACUCAUAACAAACAAGAUUUUGACUACACAAAUGAAUACAGACUUACAAUAGCAGCAUUAGGAGAAAAGCUUAAUGAUUAUUGGAAUGAAAUGAAAACGAAGAAAAAUGGAGAAUAUCCAUUAGCUUUGCCAGUUGAGGAGAUACAAAAACAGCCUGAUCAGACAUGGGUGCAAUGUGAUGCAUGUCUGAAAUGGCGGAAGCUGCCAGAUGGAAUAGAGCACUUGCCAGAAAAGUGGUACUGCUCACUGAACCCUGACCCACAGUUCCGGAAUUGUAAUGUGCCAGAAGAACCAGAAGAUGAUGACUUAAUACAUCCUACAUAUGAGAAAACUUACAAGAAAAAAGACAGGGAAAAACUGAAGAAGCGACUAGAGUUCAGCCACCAGGUCAAUAAUGAAAUGUUUGUAAAAACACCUGUUUCUUCAAGUAGAGACUUCAAAACAUUCUCAGCUGUGAGUGGAAAGGAAGCUGUUCCAAGAUCACUUCUACCAGAAACAUCAAAUGCUUCUGUCAAAAGACCUAUACUUAUUUUAAAUAGAUCAGUAUCUUCACCUCAUUCUGAUUCUGAUAACAGUCUUAAACGGAAGACACCUACUUGCGUGACACCUGUGUCUUUAAAGACACCUCGAUUAAAUGACAAAACAUUCAAUAACCAUGAUGAUGAUGAUGAAGAUGUCAUUAUUUUAGAGGAGAGCAGUACUCCAAAGCCUUCAGCAGAUUCUGAUGUUCCUGUAGUAAAAACUGAAUGUAUUAAUUUGGAUCAAGAAGUGAAGCAGAAAGAAAACUGUGACAUCGGAGAACCUUGCAGUGCAGCUACUUCAGAAUCAAAAACUGAACAGUUGACCUCAUCAACACAGACAGAGCUCCCAAACUUAGUUGUUAAAAAGGAGGAGGUGGAAGAUGACAUUGGUAUUCAAGUUCCCAGGGCAGAGAUGGAGACUAAAGAGCACAAUGUUGAUGCUGUUUCUGAGACAUCUGUAGAUCUUGGAAAUGAACUGAAAAAUCAGCUGCGAUUAUUAAGCAAAGAAAAAGAAAUGUAUCAAAACAAAUGUGAAGUAUUAACCAAACAAGUGGAAACACUGGAACAGAGGAUUUUAGAAAUGAGUAAUAAGUAUGUAAAAAAAGAAAUGUGCCAUCAGUCGACUGAGACAGUUCCUUCGUUUGAAGAAGAAAGUGUUCAUGAAAGAAGUUUGUCAGAAGUGACUGUUCUUUAUGAACAGGCCUUAGAAGAAAUAGCAAAACUAAAGGAACAAUGUAGUACCCUGCAGAACUUAAAAACUGAAUGCAGCAGAUGUGCAGAUGGUGAAAACAAGAGCGAGGUAGAUGAAAUUGCUGUGCAAUUGGAUGAUGUUUUCAGGCAACUGGACAAAUGCAGCAUUGAGAGAGACAGAUAUAAAAGUGAGAUUGAACUACUAGAAGUGGAAAAAAAUCAAUUUGCCUGUCAAUGUGAAGAACUGAAAGCAGAAAUCGCACAGUUAAAAGCUUCAAUUCCACAAGCAGUAGCACGUGCAAAUGAUUCUACCACCAGUAAUGUAGAAGACUCUGUAAAUUUUCCUGAUGGAGAAAGCCUGAAACUACGCUCUCUUCGAGUGAAUGUUGGACAACUUCUGGCUACGAUCAUGCCUGAUCUAGACUUGCAGCAAGUCAAUUAUGAUAUUGAUGUAGUAGAUGAAAUUUUAGGACAAGUUGUAGAACAAAUGCAUGAAAUCAGUAGUACUUAGUAUCUUAAGAUUUUAGCAGACUCUUGCUUGAUCUUGCAUUAUAACCUUUGUGUAGGUUCCAAAUUGUAUAUACUGCUUCUUUAUAUAUUUGACACAGUUUGAUCAAUAAGUGUAUAUACUCUAUGCGUUUAGAUGUUCCCACAGAUGCAGUGGGUGCGUGUUGUCUUUGCUUCCUCUUAAAGGAACACUGUCAAUAUUGACCAACACUGAUGUACUUAAUUAAGGAUUUUGCUUUUAAAAUGAAUUUUUAAUUAAAUUUGCAAAUAUUUUUAUUAUUAGGAAUCUUAAUACUUUUCUACAAAAGCUUUUUUGUUGACUUUUGAUCUUAUAAGUAUUAAUACUUGCAAUUACUUCCUCUUCUAUGAUCUAAGUAGUGGACUAUAUUAAAAAUGCAAAAAAGAACCUUCCUUGAUUUUCUUCUCAGAACAAAUCCUAAUAACAUUUUUGUAUACUACAGUAUUGUUUAAUUACUAUCAGCAAUGUGAUAUGAUGCAUUAAUGGGCUAGAAAUGUAGUUAGUAGAUGAAGAUUUUGUCCAUAUGGGUAAUAUUUGUGGUUUACUACCAGAAGAAGAAAAAAAUCUUAAAGGGUUUUAUCCUGAACACUGGUGGUCUUUUGACUCCGCUUUGGACUUUCUGGUGUCACUAAAGAACGUUAUCUGUACAUAGCUUUGCAGCAUAAACAACUCCAUGGGAUAUGGCUAGGAUAUUUCAGCUGUUUCAGUGAUGGAAACCACAUGCCUGUUUGUGUCCUGCCCCUGCUUACGUGAUUGUUGUUUCAUAUAUCUAAGAACUUGUCUGUAUUUGGGCGCAGUCACAGGGAUCUUCAGUUGUACCUGUGGUUCCCAUUAGAACGCAGCAGGGCUGGUUCGUAAGUCCAGGGGUGUGCCCUAGUGCUUGUGCAGAAACUUCCCAGGAAGUGGGAAGAAACAGUACCAAGAGAAAUUACUGUUACAGUGGUGACUGUGUUCUCAGUCAAUUGCAUGCUUUUCUUUUGAAGUCGUCAGGAAUGAGAAGAAAGGUGGCAAAGACAGCAAAUCCACCUUUUACUCUGUGGUGGUAUUUGUCAUCCAAACCGUGAUCAAGAACAAUGGUUCUUGUUUUUUUUUAAAAAAAAAAAUAAAUAAAUAAAAAAAAAAUCAUGAGAUAGCGUACAAUAUGCUAAUUUCUAGAAAGUCUUUUUUUAUAAAGCCAAGGUUUUCGGCUUUCGCACUGCUACUGUCCUGAUUUAACUCAAUUAUGUUCCUUUUAGUUGUGGUUCAGUCAGUUUCUUUCGAUGGACAGUGUUUCAGUUUUAAGAUGCUGGCUAUUCUACUAUGUCAAUAAGGGUAAUGCAAUACUGUUGUACUUUAUAACAGAUAAAUUGAAUGUUUGAUUUUUGAAGAGGUGGCUGUAAUAUAACUUUGUAUGACUUUUUAAAAGUUUAUAUUUUCCAUUUAUUGGUGUGUAGUUUUCCAUUUAAUCAUUAUUUAUUAUGUUUCAUCAGAUUCUGCAGUUGAACUUCUUGUAGACAACUGGCAAAAUAUAGCAUAUGUCUAUAUUAAAAAUGGCAAAUUUACACUGUACAUUUACACUUUGGAGAGCAGUGGACUAAUGGAAAUGGUUUUUAUUUACUUGUUAAAAUGUAUUUUUUGUAAAAAAUAAAAAUAAAACCAAUAUAUAAAUCUGAGUUUGCAGGAUCAAAA